AUGAUGUUUUCAGGUGUAAAGGUUGGCGUCAAGGUUGCGGAGGGAAAAUCUAAGGUGGUUUAUAUAAUACCUGAAACUCAUCAUGUCUUACUACACUCAAAGGAUCGUAUCACUGCAAGAGACGGGGAACGGGCACAUGAAAUGAAAGGAAAAGCAGAAAUGUCCACUACUACAACAUGUGUUAUCUUUGAGUUACUCAACAACGCUGGUAUUAAAACCCAUUUCAUCAAGCGUCAAGGGAAGACAACUAUGGUUACUCACCGAUGUGAUAUGAUACCUAUAGAGUGGGUGACUAGAAGAUUAGCCACUGGUUCUUUCUUAAAGAGAAAUCCUGGUGUGACGGAGGGGUAUAGAUUCUAUCCUCCAAAACUGGAGACUUUCUUAAAGGAUGACAAGAACCAUGAUCCUCAGUGGUCAUAUGAACAGUGUAUUGAGGCCAAACUGACUGCUGGACCCCGGAUCAUUGGUCAGUAUGAGAUAGAUAUUAUAUCGAGAACAACGGUCACUGUGUUUGAAAUUUUAGAGAAAGCUUGGGCGUCCUUAGGUUGUUCUCUGAUUGACAUGAAGGUAGAGUUUGGAAUAAACCAUGAAACUGGUGAGAUAUUGUUAGCUGAUGUCAUUGAUAAUGAUUCAUGGCGUUUAUGGCCGGCCGGGGAUCGCCGCUUGAUGAAAGAUGUACAGGUGUAUAGAGAGUUGAAGGAAGUCACAGCUAAAGAUUUAGACAUGGUCAAACGUAACUUUGAAUGGGUAGCUGACAAAGUGUCUCAGUUAUCACCAUCGUCCCAUGUCCGGGCAGUUGUGUUUAUGGGCUCACCAGUAUACAUGGCUCACUGCGAGAAGAUACGGUCUACAUGUGAGACGUUUGGUGUACCAUGUGAAUUAAGAGUGUCUUCUGCUGACAAAGGAUGCCACGAACUUCUGAAUAUUUUAGCUCAAUAUGAAGGUGAGGGUAUACCUACUGUGUUUAUUGCUGUAGCCGGAAGUAGUAACGGGCUUGGUCCGGUUCUAUCUGGUAACGCAAUCUGGCCAGUCAUUAACUGCCCGCCAGCUGACUGGGUAGCUGAAGAUAUCUGGUCAUCACUAAGAGUACCUACAGAUUUGGGAUGUACAACAGUCACCUCCCCGGACGCAGCUGCCCUUGCUGCAGUGCAGAUUCUUGGUCUCGGUGAUCAUAUUAUAUGGUCGAAGCUACGAGCAAACCAGCUCAAUACCUGGAUAAACUUAAAGGAGGCAGACAAGAAAACGAGAAAUUAAAUGUGAUAAAAACUUCCUUUUGUUUCCCAUGAUCUCAUAAAAUAAUUAUCUAGCUAGUCUAAGGAAUUUCAAGCCUUUCCUGUGUGUGUGUUUUGACAUAUGAGCCGCGUCACGACAAAACCAACAUA